AUGGUGUCGCAACCAGACCCGACGGCGCAGUAUAAUCUACAGCAUCGCCACGGCCACGGCAAUUCAUCUGCUGCCUCUGCUAUCCCGUCCCGGCACAGCGGCCAGACAAGCUCGCGUUCGAAGCGAUACAAUCGCUCGCAUGCCGGCGGCGAAUCCUAUGCGCCCCUCAACGAAUUUCCAGUCUUUACGCAGUCCGGCGAGGUCGAGAUAAUAAUUACAGCUGGGCCGCUCGAAAACCGAUAUCUUCUUCACCGAGAAAUUCUCACUCGCUGCAGUGGUUUUUUUGAAGCCAGCACAUCGGAGGAAUGGUCUCGCGUUCAGGGUCCGGAUCCCUCUAAACCCAAAGUUCGUCGGCUCGCAGCAGGGAAUGAAGUCGCCUGUGUCAAUCCAAACGGCUCCGUCUUGAGCCAAGCCGACUCGUCCACCGGUGCUGGUCAACCCGCUGCCGUUUCUAUCUGUGGCAAUAAACGAUGGCGCUAUGAACUAGAUCCCGGUCGUGGGGAUGACGAUAUCCCGAUGCUGGUUCAGAAGGAUCCGGGGAACGCCGAUGCCGUGCAGCCUGCGCAUCAGUCAAUAUUCGCGACUCCCAAACCAGGGUCUAGCUAUGGCCCUGAUUCGGGACCUCUAAGCAGAUCGCGUCACAGCAAUUCGCAGCCACGCGCCGUACCCCCCGCUGCGAAAGGUCAUCGAUCCUCUUUCUCCCAGUCUCUCGCCAAUCUUAGCUUGACGUCACAACCGCGAUCGCGAGCUCGAGGUAACAAUACAGUCAUCGUCGCCGUUCCAGAGGAAGAAGAUCUCGUCCGCGAUUACGAUAAUUUAUUUCGUAUUUUCUACAACUACCCGCCUCUUCUUGAUGGUGUCAAUGUCGCGGAUGCUUAUAUCCAGUGCAAACGCCUCCUCAGCUUGGCCGAUCAGUAUGAUUCGCUAGCCGUCGUCGGGCCCCGGGUCGAUCAUCACUUAUUGCAGUUUCAAGCUCGCUUGUGGAAACAAAUCGCCAAAUACCCCGUGUCCUACCUGCGCGUGGGCUACUUGUCCCGCUCAAAGGUCAUCUUCCAGGAGGCUCUCGUUCACGUAGUUGGUCAAUGGCCUGUUGGCGAACGCAGUCUGCGUGCAUCCAUGCCGGAGUCUGUUCUGGAUCUCAUCGAGGACAAGGUGGACGAUCUCGAGUUUACGGUCAGCCGCGUCGAGCGCCGGCUGUUUCGCCUAACCCUGCUAGAUUCUCGCGGGGACCGUGUCACACCCGCUUCAAGUUACUUGGACUGGCUCGCAGUGAGUUACUUUCGACAGUGGCUUACUGACAAUACCUCGCCACCACCGCCGUCCAGGCGGACAGCCGAUAAUCAAAAGUCCUCGUCGGCAUUAGCGAACAGUGGUGCCUUUGCACCGCUCCCUGCGCUAGGAGCCCUUGGCCGUGCAUUUCGCACGCUGGCGGGAAGACCGACGGCAUACCUUGCACACAGCGAGUGCAAAGACUUUCUCAAACGGACGCCCGAACUAUAUAGUCGCGAUCAUCUACGGCGCUUUGAGAAGCGAUUGGACGAGCUCAAAGCCAUGGCCAGAGAAAUCGUAGCCCCGUUGAUGGGGAGCAGUCUGGAACUGGACCUCGCUGCUGGCACCGCAGGCGGAAAACCACCAAGCGAUGGGAUACGAUAUUUGACGUGCACUUCGGUGCGAGAGAGGGAUUUACCUUGGUCGCCGGGCGACUAG